AUGUUCAUUCCAUGCAAAAAGAGACGAUAUGCCUCGAGCUUAUCGAUCGACUAUGUCUCAUUUUAAAUCUCAUCUACAACGUUAGGUCAGCAAUCGAACAGCCGGAAGUUGUCUCAGUCAAACCAAUUCAAAAUGCUCAUUUAAACACUGUAAUUCAUUAAGAAUCCAAUGCUGGACCACAAGGCAGAAGUCAAAGAAGAGGCAAACGCGGAAAAAGUAUGAAAUAAAUGCAUUGAUAACGUAUGCAUCGCAGUUAAAAAAGAUACAUACAUACAAAUAAAAGAAAAAAACGCAGCCUAAGUUUAAAAUACAAUUUAGUGUUCUCAAUUCGUUUAAUUUAAUAUCUAUCUAAAAUGAGAAAAAAAGAAACAACACUAUUGUUUCGUGCUUCUACCAAAAAUCGAUUCUUGUCAGUCCUUGAAAAUGAUUAAAUUUGAAUAUUUUCAGUUGAAGAUCAAUGAAAUCCUAGCUUGUAAACAAAAAUGUUUAAGGCGUUGUCUCUAUCAUAUGUUAUUUGGAAUGGAAAUCUUAUCCUAUCUUAUCUUAUCCAUCAUAUAAUCUUUUCCGUAAGUUGUAAAGCUCUUGAGCACACCUCGCACAUUCCGAAUAUGCAGCAAGUACCGUUAGAGGCACUCUAGGCCAUUUCAAUGCCAAUCACGCAUGCGCGCACGGCUGAAAAGAGAGGAAUGAGAGCAAUGCUCUCUGGACAUGCCAAGACAAGACGUUGGAACUCCGAAAGAAACCCAAACCGAAAUAACGGCGGCUCAAAGUCUCAGUUUACUCCGAUCGGUUGGACAGUGCGGUUCGUUUUUGAUUUUGGCUUCACAGCGGGGGCCAAAGAAAAAGUAAAGAGUAUUAAAAACGCCGGAACUGCUGUCUAAACCUGUUUUGCCCAAGUGAACACAGCAACAAUAGCAGCGAAAACGCAUGCAAGUGACGAAACGACCUUAAGCAAAAGCAAGAAAUAAUUAUAAAUAAUUUACUUGGCUCUCAAUUGAAUAUAUCUUACAUAUAUAUUUGGAAAUCGCACAUCCUCGGUGACGCAGUGAGGCCCCAGGAAAAGCCCAAAAUGCAAAUUGCUGCGGCGUGACUAAGCAUGCAAGAUAACAUCGAUUCAAAAAUUAAAAAUUUUUUAAACGUGGCUUAGGAAGUGGGAGUGUAUAAAACAAGACCGGGCCAACGAAAGAAGCAAUACAAUGACAUUGGGCAACAAAGGCGUCGGCAAAGUUCUUUGUCUGCGAUUGCAGCGGCAGUUAUUACUGGUUGUUGUAACGCUUUUCCUGCUUUUCCCCACCGCCCUGGCCGAGGACGAGGAGGAGGAUGGUCCGUAUCGCGGAAAGUAUCUGGGAAAACUGAACUCGUACCAUCAUCAGGUUUCCGGCGAUGUGUACGCCGUGAAUGAGUACACCUUCUUGAUUGUGGGCUUUAACUACGACGGCAACGGGGCGGAUACGUUCUUCUGGUCGGGGGCCAGCAAUCGCCCGGGACCUCAGGGAUUUAUUGUGCCCGAUGAGUAUGGAAAAACCAACAUUCUGGAUCGCUAUCACAACAAGGACUUCACCCUGACACUGCCGGAUCGGAAAAAGAUAACCGAAAUCAAAUGGCUGGCGGUCUACGAUCUGAGCAGUCAGAACAACUUUGGGGAUGUCUACAUUCCCGAGGAGUUCGAGCCACCGAUGGCCCAGUUGGGCGGAACCUUCUCCAAGCGCAGCCACAAUGUGAGCAGCAGCAGCAUCGAGAUCCUGGACUCGAAGACCAUUCGCAUCACGGACUUCACCUACGAUGGCCGUGGCAAGCGCACCUUUUUCUGGACGGGAGUGGGGGCACAGCCAUCUAGUCGAGGAAGCAAGCUGCCCGAUGAGCGAGGAUACCUGGAUCCCAUAAGGAUGUACAACAAGGAGACUAUUGAAUUGGAGCUGCCGGGAGACAAGACCAUCUUUGACAUCGAUUGGAUCAGUAUUUACGAUGUGGCCGAUAACGAGAACUACGGCCAUGUCCUGAUCAACGACGGACUCAAUGUUCCUCCCUCGCUGGUGAAAGUGACGCCUUUCGAGUUCUCACUGCCCAACUGCCGGCAGCUGCACAAGGAUAUGCAAGUGUCCUGGGAGGUUUUCGGACCACAGAUCACAUUCCAACUAUCCGGUCAGGUGGCUGCCAACGAUUACAUGUCCUUCGGCAUAUCCGGAUCAGAUGUGUCCAGUCAGAUGAUUGGUUCCGACGUGGUUGUGGCCUACAUUGACGAAAUCCGCGGCUACACCGUGGAUUACAAUAUCACCUCGCUGGCGCCCUGCGUUCAGGUUUUGGGCCAAAACAAGGGAGUUUGCCGGGACGAUGUGGUCGGUGGAUUGGAUAGCUUCCAGUUGAACACAUAUAGCCGCAAGGAUGGGAUCAAUACGAUCAGUUUCAGGCGAACCCUCAAGUCGUCUGAUGAUGGCGAUAAGGAGAUUUUUCUAGAUCGCAGCAACUACGUGGUGUGGGCAUUUGGCCAGUUGGAUUCAAACAACGAGCCCGCCUUUCACACCUACUAUCCCAAGAGCGAUAUAGUAAUUGAUUUUAAUACCACGGAACCGGUCAACGAUUGCUUUGCCUUCACUAAGCAAAUGGAGACACCUCCUCCUCAGUUGUGGGAGCGAACCAGGAUUACAGAUGCAACUGUACGCACCUUCAAUGCCUAUUUAGGACCCUCUGGAGGACUUCGUGGCUAUCAGGGAUUAACAGGUCACGUGUCCAGCGGCUUGGCCUGGUACAUCAAUGGCUAUAUGAUCCCAGAACUUUACCUUAAGCGCGGUUUGACCUACACUUUUAAGGUCAGGGGCGGUAAUAAUCCACACUCGCCUGAGCACUAUCAUCCGUUGGUUAUCACCGAUGAUCCUCAGGGCGGUUAUGAUCGCUUGUCGGAUGCCAAGCAGAGUGAGAUUCGUGUACUGGCUGGAGUUGAGUUCACCAGAAGAGGCAGGCCCAAGCCCACGGCUGCUGGUCCCCUUUGCUUGUCGAGAUAUCCUCCGAGCUAUGAUCGUCGUCUCGAUGAUAACUUCCCCACUUUCAAGAAGUUCAAUCGAUCGCUGAUCACCGAAUGUGUGGAUGAGGCACCGGCUUUGUUGGAAAUCACACCGAACAUCACCUGGCCGGAUACCGUGUACUAUAACUCCUUUACCCAUGGUAAUAUGGGAUGGAAGAUUCACAUCGUGGACAGCUACACCAAUCUAAGAAGUGGGGCGAAGGCCCUAUCCUGGUCAUUGAGCAUCAUCCUGCUGCCUUGGCUGGUGCUUCAGAACUGACUGUUUUCUCAUUCUUAGAUUCUCCUAAUUAGUGUCUUAGUCUAAAUUAAGCAGUCACAAUCUAUGUAUUUAAUACGCGUGUGUAGAAUGUAUGCUCAACGAUGUGUAUAUUAUUAUUUAUAUGAUAUUUAAAUACAGAACUGUGUUGUACUUUAGAA